UUCAGAGUUCCUCCCUCUCAGAUGAACAUGAAAGUGAAAGUAACUGACUAGAAAGCAGCAAGCUAUCGAGCUCGGGGAAGAAACUGCAGAGAAAGAAAAGACAAAGUGGACUCUUUGGGUUGUUGUUUUAUCUCGUCCCACUGCGGUCAAGUGAGCCCUCACUAUCUCACACUAGUGACAGAGAUUUCUCCGUGGAGCUACAAAAACACGAUGUAUCGACGGGUGCCAGGUUUGAGUCUCCUGACGCUGUUUAUAUCUUCCUGGACUGCUGCUCCCACUUCAACCAACUUGGUGGUUACCACCACGUCUCCUGUCACUGGGACUCGUGGCCAUCAGGUCACAUUGCCGUGCUGGCUCAGUCCACAGCAAAAUGCAGAGGAGCUGGAGGUACGCUGGUACCGUACUAAUCGCUUUGACAGCCCGGUAAUGCACUACCAGUCAAAAAAGUUCAAAUAUGAAGGUUCCUACGUUGGCCGAGUCUCAUUUGGACUCAAGGAUGCAGCAUCAGGCGGGCUGAAUUCAGGCGAUGUGAGCCUGAAGCUGCUGAACGUCACAAUUGAGGAUACAGGAUAUUACAUUUGUUUGGUCAGCAGCAGCCAGGGUUAUGACAGAUCCCCUGUUAAUCUACUCGUGACAGCUUCGGGAAGUCCUCCUUUUCUAUCAGUAGUGUGGGGAGAAGAUGACAAGGUGAACGUGAGCUGUGAAUCUGAAGGCUGGUAUCCACAGCCUGUGCUGCGCUGGUCAGACAAG